GAUGUUCCUGACCCCCCCGGUCAGGGAGGCCCUCCGUGCAGGUUGCCCCCCGGCGAGGUCAGCGGCCAGUCGCCCCCGACGCAGCCCGAGGAGGAGCCCGACACGGUCGGGAUGCAGCAGCUCAGCGACUGGCCCAGCAUCAACAGCGUCCUCUCCGACGAGGCUUCUGCGCCAGGAGAGCACGUCGACGCCACCCCUACGCCUACGCGGAGCCCAUGGAAGCGUGGCACUACAGCGCCGCCACCCUUGACGAGCUUUGCGAAUGACGACGACCAGGUUGAGCAGCCCCAAGGCCGCAUGCGGUGGCAGACGAGCAUGCCCGCCCAGGACACGUCCGAGGAGAAGGGCGAGGCUGGCCUGCUGGAGGGCGUGCUGGCGACCUGCGAGGAGCGCCUUGCGGGCCUGCGGCAGAGCCUGCAGCUCUCCGGCCCGACGCCGGAGUGGCGGGCGGGCUGCCAGACCCUGGGCCAGGUCCUCGAGGACCUUGCCGCGGAGGCCCUCGACGCCGCCUGCCGGCGGGGCGCAGGGGCGAUGGACGUGUUCGAGGGCGCCAGCAAUGCCCUCAACGCCACCACGGACCUGAUCAUCGAGG